AUGCCGACCCCUACGCAGAAGAUCUCCGGCGCGAUCGCGCAGCAGCGUGUCGGGGACGCAAGCCGGCGUCGAGAUGCCGAUUCCCGACGCGCAGAAGGGGCGUCCCGCGAUGAGCUAUGGCCGCAGGAGCCUGUCGAUCAUCUGGGGAGGCCGUGGGGGCAGGGAGACAAGGGGAGCCAAGCCCCUCCGCUGGUGCUUCGCGAGACGCCUGAGCUCUUCGACAGGAAUAAAGAGGCGGGCCUGGCGUGGAACGAUGGUCGGCUUGCGACGGAGUGGAAAAUGGAUGAGCACGCCGUCGUCACGACCGCGAAUGCGACGUGGAUGCCGGAGUUCCCGGUUGCCAUGCCGGGACGCAUCUGCACGCGCUCGGACGGUCGAUGGGGGCCGCAGGAGUAUUCACUGUGGCCGCAGAUGUAUCACAGCAGAGUACUGCACCAUGCCUGUAUUCCCGUAAAGGACGGUGACGUGGAGGGUUUUGAGACGAACGUAAGGUGUAUGUUUGACGUCGUCGAUCCCAGCUGCUGGGCUGCGGACACUACGUGUGGAGUACCUGACCUCGGAUUUCUGAGUCCGAGGUACCUGAACCUACUCAAGAGCACCGCGCAACGCGUCAUCAUCAAGUAUCAAACCUGUGGUGACGACAAGGAGGAGAAACAAAAGCAAUUCGGGUACCACCUGUCUCAAACGAUUUACCAAGCCCUCGACCAGCUCUUCAUCCUCCUGACGUGGAGAACGCACGCCGUGGCCCUCGCUUCGCAUGUGCAGCGGCUCACGCUAGAACUGUGCGGGCUCAUCGUCCUCUUCGACGUCGUUCAGCCCCGUGUGCACAAUCGCUCGUUCGUCGCGAAGACACCUCUCGCGGUGCGCGGCGCGUUCACCGACAACGCGGGGACCGCGCAAGGCCUCUUCCGGCUAGGAAUACCCACGUGGUUCAUCCAGCCGUUGACCUCCUUGGUACGCGUCGUAAAGGCGGUUAAUCCUACGCCGGUCUCCUCGCAGAUGAGCGAUGAGUUGUCGCAGCCGCGCUUGUACAGUGGCGAUGGAGACCUCGCGGGUAUCGUGCAACACCCAGGCGAUUGGCCGUUCAAGAUGCAACAAGAGGUUUUGAAGAACCUCUGCGACGUGAAACUACCAUCAAUGCCUCGGGUGCUCGACACGGAUGGCGCGCCGCCCGCCAAGAAGGCGAGGGCCGACAACAGCGCAGAUUCGAAUCUCGAUCGCGUUCAAACGAACCAACCCGGCAAUUCGUCCCAAUCCGGCCAUUCGUCGCGCCGAACGCAUCGUGGCAAGCGAGCAGCGGCCCCGACUCAGCCUGUUCCCGUUCACCCGUCGCUUUGCUACCAGAGGCCGAAGACGUCGGUCGUUCCGGAAGUCUGGGCAGAAGCACUCACGGCGGUCGGCACUCUGCCCCCCCCACGUUCCGCCUCCACUUUCUAUUGGCCCCCUCCCUUCUGGUUCGAGAGCCAAGGCGAGAAGGUGAAGCGGUAUUUCCACAACUACGUGCGAAUCCGGGGCUUCUGUAGGCAACGGUUGCUCGAUCCUACCCUCGGAGCCGAGCCGCUACGCAUUGCAGAGUGGCGCGAUGCGCUAUGGGGGGAUUACCAGGUCCAAGUGAGCGAAGCGACGUCGACCACGUUGUCGAAGAAGAACAAGGACCGUCGAGACGUCCAGCAAAACAUCCGCCGCUUGUUCUCGAAGACGGCAGGUCUGCCGACGUACGACAGUGCGCAAAGUCUGCAGUGGGGCGCAAACGCUGUGAACGUCGACUCGGUGAAUGGACCCGCCGUGCGCGCACAGAUUUUGUGGGAAGUGCACGAAAUCAACUGGCGAUGUGAGAUGCGAGAGCUCGACGCCGCUCUCACUAACUCGCAUGAAUGGGGAACGCUGCAACGGUGGGAGCGCGAAGCGCGAUGUGGGGAGUGGCCCCCACAUAGGCCCGGACAGAACCAGCGGAAGAAGAAUACGAACCAGCGGAAGGAAGACAGGAUCCAGCAAAACGAGGACAGCGACCUGCGGAACGAGCUUAGCGACUAAGGAACAGAGCUGGCCUACUCCGCAACGAGCCGAGCGACUACGAGAGUUCAGAAUAGGACGUCGGAACAGGUACAAGGAGACAGAACGAGAACGAGAACACGGAACGAGCACGAGAUUGAACGCGGUACGACUCGGAGCCGUUGACUGGAAGCGAGGUUGAGGAUACGAAGCACGGAAGAGGCGAGGGAGCAGCGGAACGAGUCAGGACUCAGGAUGACAGCUGUAGACGAGGCCUGGAGGACCGAGGAUAGGGACAGCGAGCCAGAGGUUUGGCAACGAGGUCCGUCUUUGGCACUACUCCCUCCGAGAUGCAUAUUCCCCCGUUUCGACACACCCUCCCUUCAUCCUGGAAGCCAUGGAUUGGCCCGCCCCUCGAACAUCGUGCCCGGGGGUACUACACUCCCG